AUGAUGCCAAACGUUUCAUCGCAAAAUGGUUCCGUAGUCUCUGUCUUUGACAGUUACGCUGAGAAGCAGUUGUUAGCAGCUUUGUACGGUCUCAUGUUUUUCACCGGUGUGCUGGGUAACAGCUCUGUCUUACUGGCCGUGGUUCUCUCCCGCAAACCGCGCAAAAUCAUCAACGGUUUUCUCGUCAACUUGGCCGUAGCUGACCUCGUAACCUGUCUGAGUCUGCCCAUCAUGAUCUUGGCCGUGCUGAGUGAGAGCAAAGAGAAUCUUCUCGUUUCGCAACACCUGUGCUCCUUUCAAGGAGUGUUACUCAUCGUUUGUGUCGGGUGUAGCAUGGACAACAUCUCGGCAAUCGCUAUCCACCGCGCUCUCAUCACUCGAAACCGAAACGGUAACCGUCUUGUCUCGCUGUGUUAUCGAGCCACUCUGGCAACUAUGGUCGCCGCUAGCUGGCUCAUUCCCUUCGCACUGGCAAUUCUGCCCAUUGUGGGCGACUUCGGCUCUUAUGGAUACAGCGAACAACUGAGCACAUGUACCCACAACUUGCAAUCCAAUGGCCCCGGUACUUAUUCGAAGAUCGCAGGUGCUGUCUUCGUCCUUGUACAGUUCUUUCUCACUUCACUUGGUUAUGCAGCCGUCCUAUUCGUCGUGCAUAGGUAUCUGAGAAAGGUGAACGCCGUUCCACAGCCGGUCGUAGCUGUAGUCAGUAGGAGCAUGAGGCUGCGCCACACUCCUAACCCCACACAACCAGAUACUACUGAGCAGCCUUGCAACGUAACUACAGCACGCAACAUGUUGCAGGUGCCUGCCAGAAAUCACCCGCAACAGCGACGGAUGAACGGUGCUCUGUUCACCGGCCGGCUGCCCUCCCCAGCGGUCGCUGGUGGCAGACAACCCGCACCGGGCAGGCCAGCGCGUCGUCGAACCCGUGACGUGAAACUCAGUUUGUUUCUUGUCGUCUUCUUCUUUGUGGUGUGUUGCACUCCCUACGUUGUAGUCAUUCCGCUCCUCGGGGACAGAUUCCAGAAAUUUGUCCCCUUUCUUGCAAUGCUGCUCGUAUCCAACAGUUGCAUAAACCCUGUGAUUUACACGGCCCGGCACCCAGACUUCAAAACAGUCAUCCGCUGCAUCUUGCUGUGUAAUCUCUCCAAGAUUCCCAUGAAAUCGGCUUUUCUACGACGAAUGCUCAGCUUUCGUGGAUAA